AUGACGGACCUCUUCCUACUCUUUCUCCUGUCUACCGUAAUCCCACACGUGGCGCCUCUCGACUUUCGCUCCAACAACUACCGUCAGAUCAUCAACAAUGCGCUUCCGACGCUCGAUCCUCAAAUGCUCAGCCAGGCGCAGGCCGCCAUCAACCCCUACACUGACAUUUUCGUGAAAAACUCGCAAAAAACGGGUCUGGUGGACUUUCCGAUGGCCAGUCUCGCGGCGGCGGCGGCUGCGGCGAAUCCUCCGACUGGAAGCUUCUGGAGCCCGCAGACUACCGUAACCCAGCCGCAGUUUCAAGUCGCAUCCACGUGGCAAUCGCCCUCUUCUGCCGCGGCGGUGACGUGGCAGCCGAACUAUCAGAAUCCGAGUACACUUCCAUCGAGCAGCACCACUAAAACCACUACCGCACCCACACCGACAGUAAUCCCAACGAGCAGAACGACGAAAAAAAGCACACAAACAUUGUGGACGACUUCUAAAUCGCCGAUGAAACUAUCGAAGAAUCCGAAGCCGUCGAAAGUGAAUCAGAAGUCUGCAAAGUCCUCCGCCACUUCGUUCGACUCUGCCCAACUUUCGGUUCUUUCGCACCGACUUCUGAACGACGUCCUCAUCAUUCCAUCUUCUAGAAGACUUUACAUUUUGGCAAUUCUUCCGAUUCAUCAGUCUUCCGGACAACAGGUACUCCAAUUCGAGCCCUUUCCUCAAUCGAUAGAGAGCAUUUUUUUCCUUGUUUCAGAACUUUGAAUGCGGAGAAAUCGAUGUGAACGCAAUCGUGAGAAUGGCGGCGUUUUUGGAGGCGCUGAAGACGGUAAGCUUUCGAAAAGUUUAAUAACGUAUAAUAAUAGUUGGGCAUUUCAGAUAAACGAAUCGAAUUUGCUGAAAGAGAUAGGCGCGGACAUUGGCGCGAUAAUCGUGGAUUCGUGCUCGACAGACCUCCGAUCGGUCGCCGAUCUCUACGAACUCUUGUCGGGGACGAACAUUCAGAGAAGCGACCUGAUUGCGAUUAUCCGCGACGAUUCGACGUACAUGCCGAACACCGAACAGAUUAUGAGCCAGCUGAAUCUGCCCGUCAUCAACACCUUCUUCACGACCAACUCGGCGGUGAGUCUCGCGAUUCUCAAGUGCAUCAAACUGAACUGAAAGUGAGCUUUCAGGCCCAAACCUCGGGAACUCUUCCCUCAAUGUCCCUGCCGAUUCAAUCGAUAAUCGCGGCUCUCCGUCACUAUCAGAGCACUUGUGUGAAUGUGAUAUUCGAUGAGAACUAUGCCGAGUAAGUUUCUCGCAUUACUGUACUUUUAGCUCUCCUCGUUUGUUUGUCAGAUCGGUGCAAGAGCUCCAAAAAGUGGCGCUCCUCGAGGGAAUGUGCGUCGAAGUUGCGAUUCAUGUGAAGAACUCGAGCAAUACGGUGGCCGAGAUGGUCGUCCGAAGGCUUCUCCUUUCGGAGGCUCGCAUCGUUGUCGCGAUGCUCUCGGAAGACACGUGGAUUCAGAUGGCGAAGGCGUUGAGAACCGAGAUGGUAAGGAAGGAAAGUUUGACGUGGUGAAAGCAUAAGUUCAGGUGAUCGCCGGCAGAUUCGUGUUCAUUUCGAUGCAAGAUCAGAGGUGGACGACUUCCCGAAAGUUCAUCGAAAGCUGGCCGACUUUCGAGCAACACUUGAUCUCGGUGACCGUUUCCCGGUCUUUCCAACUCUUCAAUUCAAAUUUCAUUCAGAUCACCCCAAAACCGCCCAUCAAUCAGCCGGAAGAAAUCAAAAAGUUAACGGAGAACAUUCCGAAACUCUCGCUGCCGAAUCUCUGGCUCAAACAGUUCUGGUCGUCGGCUUUCAAGUGCCACGUGGAGAACGAGGAGGGCAUGACGGGCGGCGCCACGUCGAACAGCUUCUCGAGGUACCAUCACUGUUCUUUCGCCAGUCUACGAGGCUUUCAGAGAAUGCGCGACUUCCCAGUCUCUCAACCUCACCCAAGUGGCUCCUGAUGUCGACGUGGCUUCCAUUUCAUUGGCAGGUAGGUGACAGACUCCUCAACGUCUUCUCAAUUGUUUCGAUCUUUCAGCCCACUCAAUCGGAAUCGCUUUCCGUUCGUUCGUGGACCGCGUCUGUCCCGGAGCCCUCGUCAUUUCGUUGUCCGAUUGCGUGAAUGACCCGUUUUCGGCCUUCCACCAAUCGAUUCUCGAUCUUGAUUUCGUGCAUCAUCUUAGUGAUAUCCGUGAGACUCACUGCCCAGACCCCUUCCCUAACCCACUUUUCCAGCCGUCUCCUUCAACUACUCGACCGGCUUCCGUGACAUUUCUCUGCGAAUCAACCGUGUCCAGUUCGUCGAGGACCGUCUCCAGUUCUCCGAACUCGGCCACUUCGACGCCAUCCAGAACGUCUACAAGGACAGCAGUGACUCGACGUCUCCGUCGGCGCGCGGCAGCUACCUCCUCAUGUCCUCCACGUGUCCCAAGAGUUCGUGUGCUCGCGAGUUGGCCAAAAGCACCGUCCGUCAGCAACUUCCGUCGAUCGUGAAGGCGCUGACCGACGUGGAGAUCAUGGUGUUCACGAUAUUCUCGGUGCUCUCCGCGCUGACGUGUCUCAUGUGCAUGUACCUGAAAGUGAUAUCCGUCAGCGAGUACCGUAAUCUGACCGCCGUCACACUGCUCGGACUCGCGUUCCUUUCGCUGAGCGCCCCCGCGUUCAUCAUUCCGCCCAACAGUAUUUCGUGUAGUUUACGCAAACUUCUUUUCCCCAUUGCUAUCAGCAUUACGAUUGCGCCGGUUUUUGUGAAGACUGUUCUCAUCUGGAAGUCGAUCGCGUCUUCGAGCAGUUCUGUGCUCAUCGCGUGCUCCAUUGUCAUCAUACAGACAGGUACGUUGUAUCUCAGCUACCGGUAGAGAUGGCAAAAAGUGGUCAACUGAUAAAAUGUACAACAUUUCCUCGGAAUCAAUUCAUUAGUUGGAAACUUUUUGAUAUCUCUACAGACAGCUGAGAUAUAAGCAUUACAGUAAUCUCGACCGAAUGGCUCCUCCUCUCCUCGGACUCUGCCACUGAAUUCGUGGCGAGCCUCCAUGGCACCAUGUGGAGAUGCUCACCGGGCGACUCUGCCGAAGCCAUGAUCCUUCUCUCUUGCUGUCUGAUCGCUCUUCUCUCGCUUCUCUCCUUCAUCUUUGCCCUCGCUACUCUCAAACAUCCGCAGAGUGUUCAACAUCUCAUGAUCUCGGUAAGGAGUACGGUACUCUCGCAGCUGCCAUAACUACCGUACCUCAGAUCCUGGCCAUCCUUUUCGAAACCGCCCUCUACGUCUCUCUACCGCUAGUUCCCUACAAAACUCGGGAUACUGUAAUGGCCACUGGUAAGUUGUCGAGUCAAUUUAAAAUGAAAUUGCUCGAUUUCAGCGAUUCUCAUCUUUGCCUUCGUUUCUCUGCUUCUCUGCCAUCUGGGCCGAUCUUCUGAAAAGGAGGUGUCCGAGUGUGGGACCAUGCAGGUAGAGUGGCAUUUCAAAACGGAUCCCAGACGUUUUUACAGAAGCCCAACGAAAACUGGCUGCAGCAAGUGGUCCUCUCGCCUCAGGAUCAGAUGACGUUGAUGAAGAACUACCACACGGCGUCCACGUAUCCACAAUCCACGAUGCAGAUGGACAAGAGACAAGGAUCGGAAGCAACUCUCAGAAGGAACACUUCCCUUUACGGAACCGAGGCAUACGGUAUUUAG